AUGUCGGAGCGCAAGUCAGUCGCAGUGAUUGGAGCUGGCAUUUUUGGUCUCUCAAUAGCCAUUGCCCUGAAGGACAGAGACUACGAAGUGACCGUGUUCGACCGAAGCCAAUACGAUGCGAAUGGAUAUGCCCCCGCAGCAGACGAUGUCCAGGCGGCGUCUGUUGACCAUAACAAGAUUUUUCGCGCAUCUUAUGGCAACGAACUUCAUUACCAGCGCCUCGCCUUUGAGAGCCGCAAGGCGUGGGUUUCAGAAGAUGAAAAGCACGGUUCCAGGCUCUUCGUCAAUAGUGGAAUGCUCCGUGUACAGCCAUCAGAUCAUUUGGCCACUCUAGAAAAGGAGACUCUGGUGAAUAUGCAGCGCGAUGGCCUACGAGACACCCAGUUUGUGAAAAGUGACCCCGCAGACUGCGAUCGAGCGGACAAGUUGGGAUGGAAGGACAAGAUCCUUAACUUCGAGAUUCCGAAUUCUUCUGGGAAUAGCUAUGAAGCAGUCUUGGACUCUACUGCUGGAUUCAUACGAUGCAGCAAUGCCUGUGCUCAUUACCAAAAAGUGGCUGCUGAUAAGGGUGUCAAGUUCCAUUUUGGGCCACAGGGCGCUGUAACUUCAUUGACCAAGACCGCUAGUAGCCUUGAACCAGGCAAAGAAAAGAUUACGGGGUUGAAGACAGAAAGUGGUGUUAUUUAUCAUGCUGAUUCUGUUAUUGUCGCUGCUGGAUCGUUCUCAACGCAGAUCCUUCCUAACUUGAGCUACCAUCUCGAAUCAUCCGCUGGUAGCCUGGCUACUUUCAAGAUCGAGAAAAGCGAUACCGAAUUGUGGAACAAGUACUCUCCCGAACGGUUUCCCGUUAUGACUUGGAAAAGUGUGCCUCGAGACGCUUCUGGUAAGGAUACUGGAAGUAUUUACGCUCUACCAAGAACCCCUGAAGGUCUAGUAAAGAUUGGGUACCGUGGGAUCAAGUGGACCAACUUCAAGCCAGCGCCGCAAGACACCCCAUUCACCCAGGAUGGCCAAUGGUCUAUCCCUCUCCCGCUAGAGGAAUGCUCCGUAAUACCGGAGCCGGCAAUCUAUUCUAUCAAGCAGUUUGUCUCUAUCUUCCUACCUGAAUUUGACGGCACUCCGUUCUUCUCUACAAAGCUUUGCUGGUACACUGACUCGUUGGACAAUUCAUUUGUGAUUGAUCAUGUACCGGACUAUGCUGAAAGAUCUGUUUUUGUUUGCACUGGAGGUAGCGGUCACGGUGCAAAGUUCUUGCCAAUUCUAGGAGAGCAUGCGGCAGAUAUUUACGAGAACGGCGAUCAAAGCUCAUCUUUCAUGCGCGAGUUCUGGCGUUGGCGCCCGGAUGUAGCCCGAAGGAAUGGCCUCGAGGAGGGCCCCGGUGGACCACGCGAUAUUUCGCAUCGCUAA